AUGGAUAAUAGGGUCUAAUCCGGUUGGUAUCGUUCUAAUAUGACAAAGCUGAAAAGCUAAAAAGGCUACCACCAGAAAAAGCCAUCCCUGAUAGCUCAGACAACUCGAGCAGGAAGUCCUCGGUAAUGGCGGCUCGAGAAUACGACCAAGAGCCCUAUGCACAAACUCAAAACGUCUUCGAGAAGCUCUUCUCUUCUUACCUAGGCCUAAGCUUCGCACUCUUUCUUGGCCACUUACCCAGACAAGCAUUUUCUCUGGUUUCAAGACUCCAAACUCGCAACAAAGAGCUGACUUUCCAGCUCAUAGACACAGAGGAGCAGCUCAAACAGCUCAUCUCGAGGAGAAAAGAGGACUCGAAGGCCAAUGCGAGGGUUGUGGAGAUCUUCGCGAGCCACCGCCACGCUUGGCGGCAGGAGGAGAGGAAGCUGUUGCAGGAAAUCGAGGAAGGGGGGAAGGAGAUCGUGAGGCUGAGGGGGAGAGUGCAGGAGCUGGAGAAAUCUGGGGUUGAGCUGAAAGAGAGUUUGGAGGAUAUGAAGAAGGAGAUCGGUGAGCGAGAUGAGAUGUUGAACUUCAUGAGUAGUAGUGGACGUUCUGAGAGGGGUCCUCCCAUUUUUUCUCCUUGUGAGAUGGGGAGUGAGAAUGGCGGGGUAGAUUCAAUCUCUGAUUUGAGGGGGUUAGGGUUUGAGAAGGCUGGUGGGUUUUCAGAAGGAAUGGAUUUAGGGAUGGGGAUGGAAGAGUUUUUCUUAAGGAGUGGCGAUGGAGUCAACAAUAGUAUGGAGGAAGUCAACAGUGCUUAUGGCUUUCAUCCUGAGUUCUUCACUUCUCCUUCCAAGUUCUUGCCUGAAAGAGCUAGUCCUUGGCAGGAUAUGAAGCAUGAUACUCAUGAAUCAUUGUAUCACUUAAAGCAUUUUGUAGCAAGAAGAGAAGCACCUUGGAAAGGUGAUGGAGAAUCAACUGGUGUUUCUUCAAAAUUAAAACUACUUGAACAAGAACUGCUAAUUCUCGAAAGAGUUGGAAAGACAGAUGUAUCGAAGGUACCGUCGUUCAUGCGAAAGCAGGCCAAGAGAUAUCAAGCACUUUCUGAAAAAAUUGACGACCUCUGUAGAAGAAUGCAGGCUAGUGAUCCCGGCGAUCCAUCACUGGCUCCCGAGUUUCGAACACAGAGACAAACAGAGUAUUUGCUUGAAGCGUUCAGGCUUCAGCAGCGGGCAUCUGAAACAGGUCAGAAGCUGUUGGUGCUACAAACAGAAAUAGCAAAGGGUUGUUGCGGGGAUAAAUUUGAGGAUCAACCUAAAUUAGCUACAAAGCGAACCUUCGACUCAAUUAGAAAUAACUUCAGGGAAAUUCAAAGAAAUCUAGAAAUAUGGCUUGCAAGAAUUAUCGGGGAUCUUGAAGGCAUCCUUGCAAGAGAUGGUGCUUCGCAUGCGCGUGACUAUUACCUGUCUAGGUACCCUUUUGUGCAAUAGUGAUGAUGAUAUGUAAAAUAGCCUCAUUCCAUCUAGAAUCAUUCGUUUCACUAAAUUAUAUAGCGUUUCCAGUUGCCACUUUUGGUAAGUUCUCUCAAGCAGUGAUCAAGUGGUAAAUAGCUAGCUUAAAUUAACCAAUAGGCUUUUGGAGAGAAUGUAUAUGUUUCCAUGUUGACUGACGAUUGGUACUACCACGGAAGGUCGUCUGGUACUUAUCCUAUACUAUAAUGUUGUUAAGCUAAGACUAAGAUGAUGGCACUCAUUAGGUUUUGUAUUGAAAUGGUUGAAGCCAACUCCAAUCACCAACGGAAGUGUUU